AUGUUUGGAGACUUUAUCGCCAAGUGGCUCCGGCAGGAGGAGCCUGUGGCGGAACAGAAAUGGGACGCCCAGACCAUCACUAUGCAACAGCCUGCCAGUCCGGCCGGCCUGGUCACUGAACAACCGCAAGCAAACGAGUCGAUGAACGUCCAUCUCCGUGGUGGUGAUGGUGAAGAUAUCUGCUGCGGCCUUUGCGCCGGUUUCUGCUGCUUUGAAUGCUGCGACUGCUGCUGUGGUGACGAUGGCCCGGGCGGAUUUGGAGGUCCUGGAGGUCCUCCAGGAGGCCCCGGCGGCUUUAUGGGCGGUCCCCCUGGGCCACCCGGACCCUGA